AUGUCAUCACUCUUAGCUCAACACCAUCAUCAUCAUCCUGCUACUUUUACUGGUCCACAAAAUAUUCCCAACACUAAUACUACCAACAACAAUGAUAAUGCAGUAACAUCAUCAUCCUCAACAGCUGAGAAACCCAAGCAUCGAAAACGAACACGUGCUACAGCGGAGCAAUUGGCUGUAUUGGAGAAUACGUUUGCUGUUACCGUGAGCCCUAAUGCCAAGUUACGGAAGCAGCUCUCUGAGCGGCUAAAGAUGAGUGAGCGUUCGAUCCAAAUUUGGUUCCAAAAUAGGCGAGCCAAGGUGAAACAUAUGCAAAAGCGUGCACAACAACAGCAACAACAGCAACGAGCCAACAUGUUUUGGAGAGCUCAAAGUGUGGAUAGCACACUAUUUCAUCAACCCUUUGCCUUGACUCAUCCAGCAAUACCAACAACGACAAGUGAUAUGAUGAUGGUUAAUCAACAUCAUCCUUCUUCUACUAUGAUGCGACCCAUGAGCAUGCCACCACCAGCCAUACAACCUACCACAACCACCAACAUGAUGCUGCCACCACCACAACAACAACCCUCUUCUCCUACCACUGCAGCUUUAAUGGAAAAUUUGUAUAUCCUAAGUGCAACCACAUUGACCAUCGGUACUUGGCAGCGACUAGCUCUCAAUGUCACUGAUCUUAUGUUGACGUUUGCACAAGACGUAUUUGCAUGGCACAUUUAUGAUAAUGGGCUUCAAUUCAAGAUCCAUAUUCCUCUCAGCACGGUCGCUGGUAUUACCCAAGAUGGCGAGCAAGUCCAUUUGGAUCUCACAGAGCCACCCCUCUUUUACAUGAUGACAACGGAACAAGACGGCAAACAACCCCAACGUUGGGUGCAAUGCAGUGAUUUUAGUGAAGGACAACAAGCUUCCCAGUGUCUGAGACACACCCUCAAAGGCGCUUCUGAGCAACUCAAGCAGGAUCUUUUUGCUCUUUUUUACGCCAUUGGUCAUUUGGUCCGAUUUAAUACUACCGGUAGUAAUAUCGUGCAACAACAAGAUGACAGUAGCGAUAGCAGCAUUAGUACCAUCAGCAGUAACAGCAGCAGUAACAACAAUAAUACUUAUCAUCCUAAUGAUCCAUACGCAUGCAUGUAUCCUCCACCAUCACUCCUACCUACCACCACUACCACAGCAGCAGAAAAUGGAGAUGGUACAUUAAGCAUUGUAGAUGAUUGGACAUUGCAGCAAAUGCUUCCUGUUUCUUGUAGUAACACCACCACCACCACCACCACAGCAGCAGCAACUCCAUUCUUUAUUGCCCAAGAAUAA